CUGGCCCCGGCCUCGGCUACGGCCCCCGCCCCGCCGCUGCCGCCUCCCCGCCGCGACCGACAGAAUGGACUGCUGAAUUGGGAAUUAUUGCAGACUCAACAGUACAGCACAGCUUGCUUCUUCAUCUAUUACUAGUUAUUUAAAUUGGACUUUUAAUAUCCUGCCAGCUGCUGUUCACACACACAUGGUGCAUUGUUGCCAUUCUCAGAAUUGCAUCUUUGAAACCCAGACACUCAGUAACCUUCAUCGAACAAAGAGGCGACCUCCUGUGUACAUUUAUAGAGGGAUUUUUUGGACCUGCUGCCCUCUAGCUUUCUUGCUGGUGCUGUAUUUCUAAGACAGUAUGGAGCCCAGUAUGGAGUACUGCUUAGCGCAGGUGCUGCAGAAGGAUGUUGGAAAGAGACUUCAAGUUGGCCAGGAAUUGAUAGAUUACUUUUCAGAUAAACAGAAGUCAAAUGAUCUUGAACAUGAUCAAACUAUGCUGGAUAAAAUGGUUGAUGGACUCGCCACUUCUUGGGUAAAUUCCAGCAAUUAUAAGGUGGUUCUCCUGGGAAUUGACAUCCUUUCUGCACUAGUGUCCCGCUUGCAGGAUCGCUUCAAAGCCCAGAUUGGCACAGUGCUGCCAAGUUUACUUGAUAGGUUGGGAGACUCUAAGGACUCUGUGAGGGAGCAGGAUCAGACUUUGCUGCUAAAAAUCAUGGAACAAGCUGCUAACCCUCAGUACGUGUGGGACAGGAUGCUAGGAGGAUUCAAACACAAGAAUUUCCGGACAAGAGAAGGGAUUUGCCUCUGCCUUAUUGCAACACUCAAUGCAUCUGGAGCUCAGAGUUUAACACUGAGUAAGAUAGUGCCACAUAUAUGUAACUUACUUGGAGAUCCAAACAGCCAGGUUAGAGAUGCAGCAAUAAACAGCCUUGUGGAAAUUUACAGACAUGUUGGUGAACGUGUAAGGGCUGAUCUCAGUAAAAAAGGACUACCCCAAUCCCGGUUGAAUGUAAUUUUUACAAAAUUCGAUGAGGUCCAGAAAUCUGGAAACAUGAUCCAGAGUUCAGGUGAUAAAAUUUUUGAUGAUGAAGACUCUGUGGAUGGGAAUAGACCUUCCUCAGCCAGCUCCUCUACAUCCUCAAAGACCCCUGCAAACUCACGCAGAGUUGGGAUGGGGACUUCUCGCAGACUUGGGUCUGCAGCUCUGGGCUCCAAGUCUUCAACAGCCAAAGAGGGAGCAGGUGCUGUGGAUGAGGAAGACUUCAUUAAGGCAUUUGAAGAUGUCCCAACGGUUCAGAUUUACUCUAGCCGAGAUCUUGAGGAAUCCAUCAACAAAAUAAGAGAGAUACUAUCAGAUGAUAAGCACGACUGGGAACAGAGAGUUUCUGCAUUGAAGAAGAUCCGCUCCUUACUUUUGGCUGGAGCUGCAGAAUAUGAUAACUUCUUCCAACAUUUAAGACUUCUGGAUGGAGCAUUUAAAUUAUCUGCUAAAGACCUGCGGUCUCAAGUAGUACGAGAGGCUUGUAUCACACUGGGACAUUUGUCAUCGGUUCUGGGAAACAAGUUUGACCAUGGGGCAGAAGCCAUCAUGCCAACGAUUUUUAAUCUAAUUCCAAAUAGUGCCAAAGUCAUGGCCACUUCUGGUGUCGUAGCAGUUAGAUUAAUCAUUCGACAUACGCACAUCCCUCGAUUAAUACCCAUCAUAACCAGUAAUUGUACUUCCAAGUCUGUUGCAGUUAGAAGGCGCUGUUAUGAAUUUUUAGACUUGCUGUUGCAGGAGUGGCAAACACACUCCCUGGAAAGACACAUAUCAGUGUUAGCUGAAACGAUAAAGAAGGGAAUUCAUGAUGCAGACUCUGAAGCCAGGAUAGAGGCAAGAAAGUGUUACUGGGGUUUUCACAGUCACUUCAUCAGAGAGGCAGAGCAUUUAUACCACACCUUGGAGUCUUCCUACCAGAAGGCCCUGCAGUCCCACUUGAAGAACUCUGACAGCAUUGUAUCCUUACCCCAGUCGGAUCGCUCCUCCUCCAGCUCCCAAGAGAGUCUCAACCGUCCAUUAUCUGCCAAAAGAAGUCCUACUGGAAGUACCACAUCUAGAGCAUCUACAGUAAGUACAAAAUCUGUGUCAACACCAGGAUCUCUGCAGCGGUCCCGCAGUGACGUCGAUGUGAAUGCAGCAGCUAGUGCCAAGUCAAAAGUGACGUCUUCUGGAGCAUCCACCCCCUUCAGUUCUGCUGCAGCCUUGCCCCCAGGCUCAUACGCAUCACUAGGUCGGAUUCGUACAAGGAGACAGAGCUCUGGCAGUGCCACAAGCGUCACCUCAACACCUGCUGAUACCCGAGGCCGCAGCCGGGCUAAAGUGGUUUCCCAGUCCCAGCCUGGCAGCCGCUCUAGUUCUCCGGGUAAGCUGUUGGGAAGCACCUACGGUGGGCUGAGUGCUGGAACAUCCCGAGUCCCUCCAGUGCCAUCAUCUUCAGAGAAGCGCAGCAAGAUCCCUCGGAGCCAGGGAUGCAGUCGGGAGACGAGUCCCAACAGAAUAGGACUAGCACGGAGCAGUCGUAUCCCCCGACCCAGCAUGAGUCAGGGGUGCAGCCGUGAUACCAGCCGUGAGAGCAGUCGAGAUACAAGCCCUGCUCGGGGCUUUCCUCCACUUGACCGGUUUGGGCUCGGACAGCCAGGCAGGAUGCCUGCUUCUGUGAAUGCCAUGCGAGUCCUGAGCACAAGCACAGAUCUGGAGGCUGCUGUGGCUGAUGCACUGCUGUUAGGAGACUCCAGGAGCAAGAAAAAGCCAGUGAGAAGGAGAUAUGAGCCCUAUGGGAUGUACUCUGAUGAUGAUGCCAACAGCGACGCAUCAAGUGCUUGCUCGGAGCGCUCCUAUGGCUCCAGGAACGGAGGCAUCCCACACUACCUGAGGCAGACAGAAGAUGUGGCUGAAGUCCUGAACCACUGUGCCAGCUCCAACUGGUCCGAAAGGAAGGAGGGGCUCAUAGGUCUUCAGAACUUGCUGAAAAGCCAGCGGACACUGAGCCGAGUCGAAUUAAAAAGGCUGUGUGAAAUAUUUACUCGCAUGUUUGCUGACCCUCACAGCAAGAGAGUUUUCAGCAUGUUUCUGGAAACACUGGUUGAUUUCAUCAUCAUUCAUAAGGAUGACUUGCAAGACUGGCUUUUUGUUCUCCUGACCCAGCUGCUAAAGAAGAUGGGAGCAGAUUUGCUGGGGUCUGUGCAAGCUAAAGUUCAGAAAGCUCUGGAUGUUACCAGGGAUUCUUUUCCAUUUGAUCAACAAUUUAACAUUUUGAUGAGGUUUAUUGUAGAUCAGACCCAAACACCAAACCUGAAGGUGAAAGUUGCUAUCCUGAAGUAUAUUGAGUCAUUGGCAAGACAGAUGGAUCCAACAGACUUUGUGAACUCCAGUGAGACAAGACUUGCUGUAUCUAGGAUUAUAACUUGGACAACAGAACCAAAGAGCUCAGAUGUGAGAAAGACCAUGCAUAGUUGGGUGGGUGAGGAUUUGCCAGCUAGGACAACUACAGCUUCCUCAGGGCCUGGUGAAGGAAACUUGGAAGAAAAAUGUAAACAGGCAGCACAAAUAGUCCUGAUUUCUCUCUUUGAAUUGAACACUCCUGAGUUUACCAUGUUACUUGGUGCCUUGCCAAAAACAUUCCAGGAUGGUGCUACCAAGCUUCUGCAUAACCACCUCAAGAACUCCAGUAACACCAGUGUGGGUUCCCCCAGCAAUACCCUCGGUCGGACUCCUUCCCGGCACUCCAGCAGCAGAACCAGCCCCUUAACUUCACCUACCAACUGUUCCCAUGGUGGACUGUCUCCAAGUAUGCUGGAUUAUGACACGGAGAACCUAAAUUCUGAUGAAAUCUACAGCUCUCUUCGCGGAGUCACAGAAGCAAUUGAAAAAUUUAGUUUCCGUAGUCAAGAGGACCUGAAUGAGCCAAUCAAACGUGAUGGAAAGAAAGACUGUGACAUUGUGUCUCGAGAUGGUGGCCUCGCUGUGCCCACCAGUGAUGUCCGUGGAAGUAGUGACACUGUGGAAGGUGGAAGGAUGGCUCUGGAUAACAAAACCUCACUGCUUAACACCCAACCUCCUCGCGCCUUUUCAGGGCCACGUGCUCGAGAAUAUAACCCCUAUCCUUAUGCUGACACAAUUAAUACUUAUGACAAGACUGCCCUGAAGGAAGCAGUGUUUGAUGAUGACAUGGAUCAGCUUCGGGAUGAAGUACCCAUUGACCACUCAGAUUUGGUGGCUGAUCUUCUGAAAGAGCUCUCCAACCACAAUGAGCGGGUGGAGGAGCGGAAAGGAGCUCUCCUGGAAUUGCUGAAGAUCACAAGGGAAGAUAAUCUUGGAGUUUGGGAGGAACAUUUCAAAACCAUUCUGCUCUUGCUGCUGGAAACACUUGGAGAUAAAGAUCAUUCAAUAAGAGCUUUGGCACUGCGAGUCCUGAGAGAGAUCUUACGGAACCAGCCAGCAAGGUUCAAGAACUAUGCGGAGUUGACCAUAAUGAAAACACUGGAAGCACACAAGGACUCCCACAAGGAGGUCGUCAGAGCUGCUGAAGAAGCUGCUUCCACCCUGGCAAGUUCCAUCCAUCCUGAGCAAUGCAUCAAGGUCCUUUGUCCCAUCAUUCAGACUGCAGAUUAUCCAAUUAAUUUAGCUGCCAUCAAAAUGCAGACGAAAGUCAUUGAGAGGAUUUCCAAGGAAUCAUUGCACCAGCUCCUUCCUGAUAUCAUUCCUGGGUUGUUACAGGGUUAUGACAAUACAGAGAGCAGUGUCCGUAAAGCUAGUGUCUUUUGCCUAGUGGCAAUCUAUUCAGUGAUUGGAGAAGAACUGAAACCUCAUCUUGCACAACUCACAGGAAGCAAGAUGAAGCUACUAAACUUGUACAUAAAGAGGGCCCAGACCACCAACAGCAACAGCAGUUCCUCUUCAGAUGUUUCAACGCACAGUUAAUGGAGAUGUGUGGACAUAUGUGUAGACUUAGAAGCAAUCAAUGGUGCCUCUCAGAGACCUUUCUGCUACUUUUCACUGGCGCGCUCCAUCAGCUCAAGGAGGCCAUGCAGAUAUUUAUUGCAAUCAGUAUUUUAGUCCCUUAUAAGCUUUUAUGUAGAAUCUUACUGGUAUUGAAUGUAAAGGAAGCAAGGUCUGUGUUGCAGUCUUCAUUAAAAGUGAACAACAGAAAGCCAUACUUAAACAUAUUUGUAUAGCCUGCUGAAAUCUUGGAAAUAUGUUUAGGUUAGCGUUCCAAAACUGAGUCCAAGAACCUGGACAUGCAUAAAGGUCAAACAAAUCUUAGUUUAGUUCAUACCCAGUUUUGGUUUCUGUAUGGUAUUUAACUGCUCUCUCCCUGUGGCUGCAGCUGUUCUGCCUAGGUUCUCCUCUUGUUACAAAUCUUGUGAUCCUGUUUUGUACUCCCUGUUGCAGCUUGCCUAACAUGCAGGGCUCUCCAUGGGGAGAUCUUUGCAGAGGUGGCUGUGAUUCCAACCUCAGAUGCUUUAAUACUGAGAGAUAUCAAGUGAGUAAUGAAAAAGUAGGUUCUUUUUAAACAUCUGAGUUUUUGUACAUAGUUCUUCUGACAGACCUCUGGUGGGCUGAUUUUGUUCUUAACUGCUCUCCAACCAGCUGUGCUGUGCAAAACAGCUGGGCUCUUGCUCCUUUCAUUGACUGUGUAAAUAUUUCUCCCUUCCCAACCCAUUUGGCUCUUUCACACAUUUAAGAGACUCUCUGGGUUCUUUGUUACACCCCAAAGAGAACCUGAGACCCAGUUCUGGGACAGCUGCCUGCGAUGGGACCCUGGAGUUGGGCAGGUGGGUGUUGGAUCAGGCUCUCAGCGUGUUGGUGGGCAGGCGGUAGGAGCUGGCAGGGCUGCAUGGCAGUGCUGCCUCGUGAGGCUACCUGCGUCUUUCUUGAUGUCUGCAGCAUCAAAGGGCUCAUCUGCUGCUCUGACCUGACCCACUGGUGUUGGGUGGUGGAUGGCUUUUUCCCUCAGCUCCUUUGUGCUUUGGACAAAGUGUUCAUCCCGGAGGACAGAAAGGGCAUCUGAAACUGAACAAAAGACCCCAUGGAAGCACCUGCUGAGCCAGCUGGGACAGUGGUCGUCGCUUGCCACAGCUCCCCUCCUGUGCCUGAAGAGCCUGCAGUGCUGUUAGCUGCCUUCUUAGAAAUCUUCCUGGCUUUACCCCUUGCGCAGCCCUGCUGGGUGCUCUGCAUUUUGGAGGGGUGUGGAGGGUCCUCACUGGGCACUGCUGUUAGCAGGGUGCUGUGGGUGAGUGUGCAGUGGGACAAAUCUGAUGACACAGAUUGGGUCAGACCCAAACCAACCGCACCCUUCCCCAAAGAGAGACCCUUCUGUUUGCAGAGGUUGAGCACCUCUGCCUGUCACCAAGGAAAGCAGGAGGAUGCUUGUGCUGUUUUUGGCCCUGGGCUGGACCCUGGCUGAUGACCAUGCAGAACCCAAAACUGCAGUGGAUCAGAACUGGGUUUUGCCCUGUGCUGGUGACAUAAGAGGAUGGUGGAACUGCAUCUGUGGUUCCCUGGCUGCUCUCAGUGCCUUGGUCUCUCUCCAGCCCCUUUCAUUUCCCCUUUAUGGGGCUGAAGGGACACUUUUGGUAGCUUACUGAGAGCAGGAUGGUUUCCAGUACUGCAGCAGGGAAGGUAAAGUUGUGUUGUCCUCCCUUUCCACCAGUACAUCCCUGUGUGUCUCAGCCCCAGCCUAAAGGGGCUACACUGGGAGGUGAUGUUUGGUGCCAGCUCCUCUCCCAGUCCCUGGCUCAGGAGGGGCUGGGGCUCCUGGGGACUGUGCUGGAGUGGGCUGCAAAGCUUGUUGGUCCCUUUUCCUGCUGGUAUGAGAGUAGAGGAGGUGACCUGCUCCUGAGUUUGUCAGGAUGUGUACAGGCUUCUGUUGGCUGCAAGGCUAGUUCCCUCAUCCUUCCCAAGGAGUAAUGCCAUGGCAGGAAAGGGAUUCCCCCAGGGUCUUUCCACAGGCUCAGAAAAAUGAUCCUUGCUGGAGGGAGGAUUGGCUGCUCCAUGGUUCAUGUCUCCCUUUCUGUGGACCAUUCCUUUUCAACAUCUUUCAGUAUGCUUAGAAUACCCUCUUUUUUUUUUUUUUUUUUUUUUUUAAUUUUUGAGUUAUUAAAAUUAUUUUAGUUUCACACAAGUUUAUUUUCCCUUUUGAGGAAAUAUUCAGCUGACUUGUUGGCAGCAGUUAGCUGUCUUGUUUGAAUUUUUAGUAACGGGCUUGGGUUUUCUGUUGCUGUUUUUUGUUGGUGGUGUAUUUUUCUUAAUUUGUGCUCUGACUGCAUAGUAUUUAUGCCUCUUUCUCUUCCUGUCUCAGCUCUGCAUCUUCUGUUCCAGUGUUGGGUUUCAGAAGGUCAGCAUAGCUGACCAGAUGGCAAUUAGUCUCUCCUAGCUGCGAUGGAGCUUGGUCCAUCACUGUUUUCUGUUUAUUUUAUUUUUUUGAAUGGCACACUGUAGCAAAUUUCCGGGAAUUUAAUUCCUUCUCAAAUGAUUUUAUAUAUUUUAUAAAAUCCUGUUAGUAUGCACUGAGAGUGAACGCACUGUAACGUCCCUGAGCCGACCCUGGCACUGACACUAUGGUAGGAGUGAACAGCUCAUCCUUUGAAAGAUUCCUGCAACCUGCUGUGGCUCCAGCAAGGAGCCCGUGCUUUCCAGCACUGUUGGCACACUUGGGGGCUGCAAGUGGUAGAACCAGGCCUUACUUUCUGAAUCAGUUUCUGUUCUGUUUGUCAACAGAUGCUCAUUAACGUGCUACUUAAUUUCGUUACGUGAGUCAGUCGAGGACUGUUCAUCCUUUGAGUACUCUAGAAGUAUGUUAUACCUGGGUACAGUAGAGAGCUUUCUACUUAGGUAUUUAUAAAUCAUUGCGUAUAGUGUACAUAGUAAGGUUGUUCAGUAUGUUGAACAUUACCUGAUUUUUUGUUUGUUUUGGGGUGUUUUUUUUGUUUUGUUUUGUUUUUUUGUUUUUGUUUCCUUUGAAGUACUCAAAGGGCUAGCUCUGAAUGUCACCUCUCUGAUCUCCAAUGUUCUGACUUCAACAAACUGUACAAUCUUUUGGUUUUUUGGUUUUUUCAGCAAGCAUAAAGGUCUCUCUGGCUACAAAUCACAGUGUCCAUGCACACUUGCAGAGAAAGGUCUGCAUGCUGGCAGUGCCUCACCAUAACGGUGAAGCUUGUGUUCGCAUUCUCCUGGCAGUAGCCACCUACUGCAGCUGCCUUUUUUUUUUUUUUUUUUUAGCUCUUGCUGCCCAUUAUGCAGGGCUUCAAUUUUUCAUACCUGUAAAAAUGGGAAAAAAAAAAGAAAAAAAAAAAGAAAAAGAAAAAAGUUUUAAAAAAGAAAAGUUAAAAAAAAAAAAAAAAAAAAAAAAAAAAAAGAAGACUUUAAAAAGUGUAUUUUCUUUGCCCACCAUGCUUUAAAAGUCUGAAUGGGAGAAAACUCUCAGCAGACAGCGGCUCCUGGCUGCGAGGUUGCCGAAAUCUCAGAUGUGGAUGUUUUUUCUGCCAUUGGCUGCACCAGUGCUCCGUGGGCAUGGGCAAGUACCGGAUCCAUCCGCCCCACAGGUCUACGUACUGUAGUUCUCAUGUAGUGCAGAAAUAUCGAGGCAUGUGGCUUUCUUAAGGUACACUAUGUGUGCUUGCCUGGAUUACAAUACAAUACAAGACUGUCUUUUUUUAUUGCUUAUUACUAGCUUACCAAUAACCUGUAUAAGUAACGUAACUCGCAUCUUUGUCAUCAAAACCUUUUCUCCCCACCCCUUUAUUUAUCAAGCAUAAUAUUACAUAUUAAGGGAAAGAAAAAUAGACCUUUGUAGAAUACAGCAGGACGUUGCUAACAAUGUUUUAAAUGGGAAGUAAAAACUGCUCUGAAAAAUGCCAGCCAUGAGAAAUUACUUUGUUGGCACCGUGUUCAUGCGCAUGUAUUUUUUUUCUAUUUUUCCGCUUUUGUCAUGUUACAUCCAUAUCUGUAUUUAUAUCUUAUUUGUUUCACUUUUGAGUGUAUCAUGGCAAUUGUACAGAUGUUUUUUGUUAACAUUUAUGUGAUAGAAUUUGCUAAAAAAAAAAUAAUAAAAUAAAACCUUUUGAGUUUGCCCUAGUGUAA